AUGAGCCACGUGGUCGCCAUGUCCCACGUGGUCACCAUGACCCACAUGGUCACCAUGACCCACGUGGUCACCAUGACCCACGUGGUCGCCAUGAGCCAUGUGGUCACCAUGACCCACGUGGUCACCAUGACCCGCAUGGUGUCAUCACCUGGCCUUUCGUUUCACCAAUGCUACUGCCGCCUCUCUUCAUUCCGUCCUCGUCCAUGCUCCUUGUUCAUGGAACGACUCUCAGUGCAUGCCAUCAGUGAUCACUGCGCAAUCAUACUAUCCCCCUGUGUUGUAUCACCAUUCCAUCUCUCUCUUCCGCAUCUCCCAUUCUCCGCCCCGCCCCAACCCCCCGUCCCCUUUCCAUGGCAGGGACUGUCGACGUACAUCCGCAGCAUGCUAUCCACGCAGGUACACCGCAGCAUGCUAUCCACGCAGGUACACCGCAGCAUGCUAUCCACGCAGGUACACCACAGCAUGCUAUCCACGCAGGUACACCGCAGCAUGCUAUCCACGCAGGUACACCGCAGCAUGCUAUCCACGCAGGUACACCGCAGCAUGCUAUCCACGCAGGUACACCACAGCAUGCUAUCCACGCAGGUACACCGCAGCAUGCUAUCCACGCAGGUACACCGCAGCAUGCUAUCCACGCAGGUACACCGCAGCAUGCUAUCCACGCAGGUACACCACAGCAUGCUAUCCACGCAGGUACACCGCAGCAUGCUAUCCACGCAGGUACACCGCAGCAUGCUAUCCACGCAGGUACACCGCAGCAUGCUAUCCACGCAGGUACACCACAGCAUGCUAUCCACGCAGGUACACCGCAGCAUGCUAUCCACGCAGGUACACCGCAGCAUGCUAUCGACGCAGGUACACCACAGCAUGCUAUCCACGCAGGUACACCACAGCAUGCUAUCCACGCAGGUACACCGCAGCAUGCUAUCCACGCAGGUACACCACAGCAUGCUAUCCACGCAGGUACACCACAGCAUGCUAUCCACGCAGGUACACCGCAGCAUGCUAUCCACGCAGGUACACCGCAGCAUGCUAUCCACGCAGGUACACCACAGCAUGCUAUCCACGCAGGUACACCACAGCAUGCUAUCCAUGCAGGGAUCGAAUCUCGACAGCAAUGCCAAGCAGUGGAGGCUGGCUGCUGACGUCAUCAAUGAUGUCGUUUCCCUCUCCUCUAGUCUCAAACCUGUCAGACGACCACAUCUCAGCUCAGCGUUUCACUUCCUCCUUUCUCCGACUUCCUACCCCCACGUUUCUCGCCCCCACCACUCCUUCCCUGUCCCGUCCUUUCUCCCUUUCAUCGUCCUAAUCCCCUUCCCUCCCACCUUCCCGCAUGGGCGCACAGGAAUGCUUCUCGAUCUGCUCUCGCCCCUUGUGCCCUCCGCCUUCCUGCCGCUGCUCUGCCUGGGCAGCAUUUCCCGAGCCAUAACCGGCACUGCCAGUGGGGCCACCAGAGCGGCACUUACACAGCACUUUGCUAAAAGGCAAAACGCGGCAGACAUCUCCGCAAAGGAGGGCAGUCAGGAGACGGCAGCAACGAUGGCAGGCAUGCUGGCAGGGAUGCUGGUGGCACAGCUUGUGGCGGGCAACGUGCUGCUACUGUGGGCUGUCUUCCUCUCCCUCACUGCCUUCCACGUCUAUGGGAUGCUGGUGGUGGCACAGCUGGUGGCCGGGGCGUGCUGCUGCUGCGGGCUGUCUUCCUCUCCCUCACUGCCUUCCAUGUCUAUGGUACAGUGUGGAGUGAAUCGCCAUGCUGCCCGCGAUGCUUCGCACUCCACGGUAGCAGCCAACUACCGCGCUGUGAAGAGCCUGUGCCUCACGAGCCUCAACCGGGAAAGGGCUGCGCUGCUGCUGCUGGCGUACCGAGGCGAGCAGAAGCAAGUCCUCUCACCAACUGCUGUCUCUCUGCAGGAGCGCCUUGUUCCCUUCCUGCCUCAGGACAGCCACGGCAGGGUGCACAUGCUCAUGCGGCAUGUGCACUUGGGAGCUCGGUUGAGUGACUUGCACGGCAAGAAACUAGACCUUGCGGUGUGGCAAGCCAUCAGACGUUAUGCAAAAGGUCGUUACCUUCUGGUGUUUGCACCCACAAGAUCACCUUCGUUACAGUCACAAUCACCGCCACCACCAUCGCCAUCGUUGCCGCAUGUGCACCCCUUCAUUCAUCGAGAUGCAUCGAAUGCGGACGUGCUUCGGGCGUACAUCCACGCUCUCACGGCCCUCCAAGAGAUCUGGCAAGAGGCUCGGAAUGCAGUAGGCCCAAAUGCAGGCUCGCCAGGGACUGGAGCUUCGUCGAGACUGUCACUAGUGGAGGCGGCGGAGGCUCGGGCAGGUACCUGGAUGGCGUCAGAGUAUUCUCAGUUUCUAGACAAGGUGAGUCUUGAGUGUUGA